CUAUUUAGAUAAAAUGUUGAAAUGUAUAUGCUAGUGUCUUGGUUUUCUUUAGUUGUCAAAUGAUUUCUACAGGUAAAAUACAGGUAAAAUAUCUCGGGUAAAUACAGAACAUGUAUGAAACAGGCUAUAAUUACCCUUCCUUUUAUGUCUCUGUCUAUUGUUCUAAAUAUGUAGGCGUUCGAGGAACACACCAUAUAUGUAAACCAAAGUACUGAUUGUGCGAAAGGCUAAACGUUUUGAUAGAAACAAGUAUAAAAUGCAGUGUCGGUCUGAUGCACGCUACAACAAAUUAUUUUAACAGAACACUGACAAGGCCAAUUUCGAGAGUAAUCUUUAUCAAUUCCUUUACCAUCAUAACUCAAUUCUAUUCCAGGAAUCACUACCGGUGAUAAGAACAAAAAUGGUCUCACCCCAUAAUCCGGAUCAGGCGUCAUUUUUUCGGGUCAUGGUAUUAUGGACACAGUUAAAUAAUUAUUUGAAUGUGACGUAAAUGUAAAACAAUGCGGAAAUCAAACUUCACUCUUUAGGGGUGGAAUUUGAAAAACCUUUGAAAACAAGAAUAAUUUUUACUUUUUCUAGAAAUAUUACAAAUGCUUUUGAGGUUUGGUUGGUCACUAUUUAAGGUUUCUAUUAUAAUAUUAUUGCUAUUUUCAAUGUAACAUUCGGGGUUGGUUUUUCAUUUAAUGAAAAAAAUAUGUAUCAAAGAAAAAUCAUUAAACAAUUAUCAAAGACUUACUGAAUUUUUGAAAUAAUUAAGCAGUUUCUUCGGACCCACUUGCUUCAGAGUUUCUUCGGGAGGUUUUUGACGGGACUAUGCAGAGGAUACCAAACAAUAGUGAUGUCACUGCAAGAGAGGAAACUGUAAGAAUGAGCGAAAACAUCAUAGUCGGUGUUGAAAGCGGUCAUCCUCCAUAUCCGAUACGUAAUGCACAGUACAGAGAAGAGAGAAUCCGCCGUGAAUCAUACAUAUAUUGGCCACAAACAACAGCAAUUGACAUAGAUAGUUUAGUGAGUGCUGGCUUCUUUUACACAGGUGAGUACGAUAUUGUGCGAUGUUUCCAUUGCGAUAUUGGUAUUGGCUAUUGGAACCCUACAUGUGAUCCUUAUGUAGAGCAUGCUCGUUACCGCCCCGACUGUCCUCUACUUAAACACGAGAAGGGUCAGGAAUGGAUCGACAAUAUCCAGACUAAAGGGGCCCAGAAAUACACACCAAAAAACUCUCGGUAUCAAAGGAAAGAUGACAGACAAAGAUCAUUCCAAAAUGAGGACUGGCAACGAAAUAAUCCCUCACAGUGUCCGGAACAUCUAGCAGCUGCUGGUUAUUUUCUUGAAGGUGAUAUUGUAAGAUGUCAUUACUGUGACGUGAUCUGGAGAGGGAAUUGGCACAAAGAUGAACCCUGGAUGGAACAUGCACAAACCUUUCCCUUUUGUAAAUUUUUGCAAAAACAAAAACGGCUGGAGUCAAAUAAGAUUUUUAAAAUUAACAGUUUGACCAUGGUUAGACCAGACCAUUAUCUACCAGUAGCGACAGGACCAGAAGGAUACGCAUUUAGACUAUCAUGUAUGCAGGAGUUCCGCAUUAGAGUAGAACGCGAUCCCAUGUGGUCUGCAGCGGCUCAGAGCUUACUAAGCCUUGGCUAUAGCAAGGAAUCCGUCUCUAGAGCAAUUCAUUUAUUCUUAAAUGAAAAUCCUGAAAGAAGAGAGUUUGACGCAGGGAGCUUGUUUGACAACAUUCAAAGAUAUGAAGAUGCACUAUCGGAGAACCGGCAACUAAGACAACGAUUCCAAUGUAAACUUUGCCACGAAAGGAAUUUCAGUGGGAUAGCCGUGCCUUGUGGUCACCUUGGAUGUCAGCAUUGUUUAGCAGGCCUCACUACGUGUACCAUAUGCCACAGCGAAAUCAGGGAGAACGUUCGGAUCUACAUUUGUUAGGAUUUAUUUCUAAUGGCUGCUGUACAACAGGGUAGUUCUUCUUAACUGGUUUGCUAUUCGCUAUUAGACCGUCGGCCAUCUCGGAUUUAGUCGGGUCAAACUUGUCAUUGCUAUUUCUAAAGAAUAAUUGGUGGUCUACUUUUCGAAUCCGUAUAGAAGUUCCCCUCAGUCCCUGGAUGUCAAUUUUUAGUCUGAUACCAGUAGUUCAUUCCCGAGUUCCAUACGUAACGAUCCACCUAUCAUAUAGCUUUCGAGGAAAAGGGAAAAAUGUCAUUAAUAAGGAUAAUGUCCGUUUUAAAUAGAUCGUUUAAAGAUAAUUCAAUUGUGGUAAAAAAAUAUUUACACUUACAUAAUCAAAGAAUUAGUCAUCGUUCCAAACACGAUCAUCUAUACUGAUGUUUUAAUUUUUACAACCGUUGUUAUUGUUUUAUAUAUGUUGAUCGAUAACGUUAUCUCGUUUUUACGACCUAGUAGGGACUCAGUAUUUCGGAAUUAUGGCAUAGAUAUUUCGUUUACGUAAUUACGACAUAUUUUGUAACAAUUACGAGAUUGUACGUAUUCCUUUUUACAAGACAGCCAUAUCAUCAUUACAACGCACAAAAAAAUGCAUUUAUCAUAUGUUCGUUAUCGCAUUACUAUGUAUGGCUCUAGCCUGUGCGAUUGCGAUGGACAAUUUAUAAUUGUUGAAUAUUUACAAAUUGUUAUUUAUUUAUUUAUUAUAUUAUACAAUUUUACAACUUUAUUUUUACCAAAUUAUCUAUAUACAUCGUAUACAUAUUUUUACCUGUGCUAUAAUGCCAAUAUAUUAAUGUGGACAGUAUUUUAUUUUUACAAUUAUUGUGAUUGUUGUUGAAACAAAAUAAAUAGUAAAAAGGAACGACACAUCCAUACCCCAACCCACGCGCACACACACGUAUUAUUUCACUUAAGUGAAACUAUAUUUUUAAUUCUCAUUAUAUGCAAUUUCAUUUAAUGUAAAAAUAUUUGUUAUUUCACUUAAGUGACAAAAUCUGUUUUAUUUCUAUUAUGUGUUAUUUCUGUUAUGUAAUGUCCUUUCCCAGCCACCGUAGGGAUGCUAUUUUCCCUAUGAUAAAAAGAUCUUAUUAUAUGUUUGACUCGCUAUUAGUAAGGUGGUCGAAAUAUUAAUUUUAUUAACAACAAAUGGAGUAGAGAAAAGGGCUCGAUUUGGUCGGAAAUUAAACACACAAUGAUUGGUCAAUAUAUGGACUAGUCCAUAUCCGACUAGUCCAUAUCCGAUAUAGGAUAGUUGUUGUAUUAUCUACUCAACUGCAACACUUCCAUUCACUUUUACCUCACUUAAGUGAAAAAGAUUUUCUCUUAGAAUUAAUAAAAACAUAUUUCUUGCAAGUGAUUUUUUUUUUCAAUUAAGUGACAUAAAACAUAGUGUAAAAACAAUGAUAUUAUCCUUUAUUAAGUAAAAUACCACGCUUAACAAAAACAAAUUCAAAGCAUAUUUUACCUUAAGAAGGAAUAAGGUUAAAUAGUGUAAUACUGGCAACGAUAACAACAGUGUUGAAACAGCAAAUUUGUAUUAGAACCAAAAUCGUUCUAAAACAUUCUUUAUGCUUUUGGAAAGCUGUAAAUAUUUAAUUGAAUUAGUUAUGAUCCAUUGCAUUCGUGAAUCAGCGUUUGCUUGUUUCUUUGCCGACUUAGUGAUACUAAAGACGAAGAGUUGCAAUAUCAAAGCAUGAUCAUUAUCACUCUAUAAAAGAUCAUAGCGUAUUCCAUUACCCAAAUUCAAAAUGUCAAAUAUUUAUGAAAAAUAUACUGCCGAUACUGUCAAAUGUACUUAAAUGACAUAUAUACAUUUCUGAUAUAUUUUAAUUGCUUUCAUGUCUACUAUUUACCCGUGUACUUGCUUAAGAGAAAUGAUCAGUUGUCAACCAUACCUUGGAUGAAACGCGUUUCCUUCAAUUCAAUGUUGGGAGUACCUGAUUUUCAUGCAGCUGCACCAAUGCCCCAAAGAAUUGGACACCCAUGAAGUUGACAUAUUGAAUACAAUAUGAAUUAAUGCAUUCUUGAUUAAAUCGAAAUCUCAUGCGAAUUCCAUCCCUUGUCAAUUCGCAUGGACAAUCUUAUUGAAAUUGUCCAGAAAUCUUUUGUGCUGAAGUUUGAAAGUGAAAACGUUCAGUUUUUAAUCAUUUUUUAAUUUAAAAAAAGUCGUUCUUAUGUCGAUUUCCAUGCAAACAUUCCGUUUGAAACGGGGUUUGUUGGUAAUUCUGCCGAGGGAGGAAACAUAGCAUCCUCUGUCGUGGUUUUUUGACACUUUGUACUGUAGAAGAUGUCAUUCGAUUAGUUAAUGAGAGCUUUCGCUGUCCGGCUCGCCAAACAAUGCAGUACAAGCUGAUUUUCAAGCUUGUGCGAAAUGAUUUCUUUUAACUGUAUUGAAUUGUUGUUAUAUUUGAACAUUAUUGAUAUACAGAACCAGUUAUUCAGGUACUGUGUUUGAGUACGAAACCUGUAUAUUUAGAUUAGUAACUUUAUUUAAAUAGCAAUAAAUCCAUAUUUUUUA